UAAUUCAUGUCAUGAAGUGUCAUUAUACCCAAUGUUCCAAUGUUUAUUACACAAAAACAAAAGAGAAAUCUAAUUUUAAAAUUUUAAUCCAUUUAAAUACCAAUAUUUUCGAAUAUCUUGCAAUAUGGAGCGAUUGAUUGGCUAAGUGAUUACGCAGAGAAAGAAAAUGAGCUUUCGAGCCAUGAGUGCAAUACUAACGAAUCAUUUGCCAAAUACGAACAAAAACUAUGAGGGAAGUAAAUCGUUGCUGAAAGAGCUGAUUGAAAUCGUCAAAGAAUGUCAAACGAGAUAUGGUGGAAAAACGGAACUGGCUACCGAAGAUGAUCAGAAGAUCAUAAAACUCUGUUCAACCUGGGACUACGCCUUGUCGCAUGGAUUGAAAAGUUCCGUAUCGUCGUUGUUCAAAAAUGUCACUGAAAUUGUCAUAGGAAGUAAUGCCGAACAGACAACAACGUUCUGGGAUUUUGCGUACAGCAAUCUUUCACAGCAGGAACGCGAACGGUUUUCUACUUUGCGACAUGUGUGGACAGACGGUGGUAAAGUGAGAUCCUUAAUCCGCGCCCUGUUGAAUGAGCGAUCGUUCGAACGUUACAUUUUGGUUUGGUUGAACGAUCCGAAUCUAGCAAACAGUUUCGAAGAUUGGGCAUUUCUUCGUGAUUCAGAAGUGCAGAACCUGCUUCCGUCGAUCGCUGCUGGUCUCGGUUCGAUACUUUUCGCUAUAUCAGUGGAUAGUCCCGAUCUGAACGUAUCGUCUCGUUUAAAAGAAACGCGCCAGGAACCGGUGAUCGCGGUACCCAUUCCCAAAAACAAUAUUCCUAGGAAGACGAAAAAUCGUCAAAUUAUCAAUUUCGAUGACAACGAACCGAAUACCAGCUUAGCAUCGUCCAGCAGUGGAUCAGUUCCGAAAUCGAUGUCCGAUUUGUGCUUGCGCAUCGAUCAAAGACCAAAAAAGCAUAUGGAACCAAUCAAAACGGCGAUCAUUGAACCGUCGUCGACAGUGACUAGUCCACCCAUACAGCCCGAAUCCCCUAGCUGCAUCACAAUGUAUGAACCAUCACCGGCACCAAUUCAAUUCAAUUAUCAGCACGAAUACAGCGAAGACAUUGAAACGCCGCAAAGUGAUUCGGGCAUGGCGGAUGAUAAUUUUAAGAUAACCGAUUCGUCAACAUCGACCUCCACAUCGAACGUUGCGUCAAAGCAUACGUCUUUGAACAGUUCUAUCAGUUCGAUCAAAUCAAUGGAAGAUGUUGCUGUGAUAAAAGCGAGGCUACGUGAAACCAUUGAUCGAUGUACGAUGCUCGAGAAUCGAAUAGCCGAAUUGAGUCUUGAAAAUCAUCGUCUCAAAGGUCUGAGCAAUUCAUCGAGAUACGGUUUCAACUACUUUUCGGUCAGUGUGCCGCGUGUUUCACUGCAGCAAACACGGACCAAACGAUAUUAUGCAUACGAAGUGCAUGUAAUACCUACUCAUGGCGGCGACGAAUGGACGGUGCUCAGACGCUACAGUGAUUUUCAUAAAUUGCAUAGGAAAUUGCAAAAAAAUGUGGCAGUCAAAACGUUGGACUUUCCACCAAAGAAAAGUUUCGGGAAUAUGGAUGCUCAUUUCGUUGAACAGAGGCGACAAAGGCUACAGGUUUAUUUGAGACAUUUGUUGGCAAUUUUGCCGGAUGUUUCGUCUUGCACCACCAGAAGUCAGUUAGAACAAGCAUUUCCAUUUUUCAAGUAAAAAAAAUAUGGAAAAUGGAGCAGAAAAUCCAAUUUACAAAUUUACUAUACGGUCAAAUCGAAUAUUCUAUGUUUGGAUGUACAUAUGGAGGUGCAUUGUUUAUGUAAAUGUUGUUAUUCAGUGAAAAAGUAUUAUUUAACCGGAAAGGCAGAGAGAAAGAGUUUAUGUUUUUACUUACUGAUAUUAUUCUAAAAACAACUUUUGUAGUCACACAGAAAAUAUAAAUAAAUUUGUAACAAUUUACCUACA